AUGACAGCGGUCUGGCUGCGAGGUGGCCACGGAGGAGGGUUCGCCCAAGUCGGGCGGCGCCGCCAUGCGAACCCGGUUAGGUUGUCCUCCUUUCUCCUCCUGCUGCUCUUCGCUUUCCUCAGCGGCGGUGCCGAGGCGCAGCCCUUGGGCCCCAAUUCGGGGGGGGGCUACAGCAUGAACGCCACCCGAUUCAACCCCUCCAUGGCCAUCAUCGUCGUCGUCCUCAUCAGCGUGUUCUUCGUGAUGGGCUUUUUCUCCAUCUACAUCCGCCAGUGCACCGAGAGGGGCGACCUCUCGAUCAACCUGAACACCCCCGGUAGAGGCGUCCACGGGGCGCGGCAGCCGAGGGGGCUCGAUCCGGCGGUGAUCGAGACAUUCCCCAUGCUGGUGUACGCCGACGUGAAAGACCACAAGAUCAGCAAGGGGGCGCUGGAGUGCGCCGUCUGCCUCUCCGAGUUCGACGGGGGCGAUACGCUUCGCCUGCUCCCCAAGUGCGACCACGUCUUCCACGCCAACUGCAUCGACGCCUGGCUUUUGGCCCACACGACCUGCCCCGUCUGCCGCGCCGACCUCGUCCCCAACCCCAACGAACCGCCGCCCAUAAUCAGCGCCGCCGCCGACGCCAACGGAGCCGCCCCCACCGCCACCUCCGACGAGCGCCAAGGUGCAGUCCCACCCGAGAACCCAGGGGAUAAUCAAUCGGAUCAGGUCGCCAUAACCAUCGACGAACCCGCCCGGCCGGAGCCAGCGCAGAGGAAGGCGGGCCUGCCUCCCCUACCGCCCGCGGUCGAACGGACGAACGGAAUUGGAACCGAAGGCAAGGCUAGGUCUCCAUGGUGGUCCAAGUCGUCGUCGUCGGUGAGGGCAGCAAGGCUCCCGCGGUCCCACUCGACGGGGCACUCGAUGACGAUUGUCCCGCCGGCGGCAGACUGCGACCGGUACACCUUGAGGCUGCCGGAGCACAUCCGGAGGGACGUCAUGGCAGGGAAACUCCGUCGGUCCUCGAGCUUCGCAACUUUCCCCGCGGCAGGUGACGGCAGCGUAAGGAAGGGACACGGGGGAGGCGGAGGAGAAGGGAGCAGCCGGGGAGGCGGGUCAGUCGGGGGAAGGAGCUUCAAACUGAGGCGGCCGGAAUGGGCAGCGAAGCCCGAUCGGUGGUCCUUCUUCGCGAGGACAUUCUCGACGAAAAGCCCCAAGGGAGGAGGAGACGGCGCAGGGGAGGGAUCGACAAGGAGAGGAACAGAGGUCGGCGACCAACCGGGCGACGGGUCUGUCAAGGCGAAGCCUUUCGCCACCGUCAGGAGUCCUUUCGACUGCCUCGGUGUUGGCGGCGGCGGCGACGACGGCGGCGCCGCCGGCAAGGAGGAUGCUCGGCGCCCUCUAGCGCAUGACCAUUCAUCUCACUGUUGA